ACGACCGAAACCCGGAACCCGCUAACAGCAAAAAGGCUUCAGUUUUCUAGGGUUUUUUACACAGACAUGGCCUCCACGAUAGACUUCCGCAAACUUGACGAAGGAUUCGGCGGCAAGACCUACAAGCGAAAGCGUCAGGAAUCCGAAGCCUCAAUCACCAUAACCAGAAACGAUGGCGCCUCUGCUGCCGACAUGGAAAUUGACGUUGAUACGAUUCCGCCGCUGGCCAAGCGUUCAGCUCUUCCUUCUGCAGACAACCCGGACAAGCCCGCCGCCUCCUUGGGAAAUCCGAGCUACGACGGCGUGAUUGCUGGAAAGGUGUCGGGGCGGAAGUGGAAGCAGCCGCGUACGCAUCGGGCAUCUGCGAAGCACGUGAGCGUGAAGGGGAAGAGCUUGGAGGAGAGAGAGAGGGAGAAGGAGAUAAAGAAAGCUUACAAAGAGAGGAUUAACGAGCUGAAGGAGGAGAUCCGGCAGAACAAGAUCGAGAAGAGGAAGAAGAGGGAGGAGAGGGAGAAGAAGAAGAAGGAGAAUAUAUUGAGGUCAGGGACUAAGUUGCAGAUCAUCUCUAACCCCAAGACUUUGCAGAAGAUCUCCAAAUCGAAGCAGAAGAAGUUGCUCAAGGUUGUCCCCAAUGAGCUUCUCAACAAGAAUAAGAAGAAAAAGUAGGAUGAAGACUCUUUGGUUUCUCCUGGGAAAUUUUGUUUGGUGUUUUGAACUUUGAUUAUGCAAUGUAGAAGUUUCAUACAUUUGAAAACUUCAUCUUUAACAAAUUUCGAAAUUCAAUUUUGCUGUCAAUUGCAUA